GUGACGACGCCCAAAUGGCCAGACCUACGUUUGUUCUUCUUCGAAUUGCGUCGUCGCGCUUCAGCGCCUUUUCUUCUCCGUCCUUUGCAUCGCCUCUUUUUCUUCUUCUCGUUGGACGUCGGUGCCUGGGCAGUUGUGCUUGGACUGUUUUGUUUCUGCUUCUCCUCCGCUAUUUCGUCGGCAACUCGCAAUUCUCUUUAGGUAACAGUCUUACCUCAUGUCUUCAAGAAGAAAUAACCCACCACCAUACGAUGAUCGCAUUAGACAUUCUUCAGGAAUGUUCCAUCCUGAUGCAACUCAUCCUAUAGAACCGAUUCCUUCUCCUCAAGUUUUGGAAAACACAUUGAGGUUCCAAGAAGCAGAACUCGAACAACUGACCAAAGAUAAUCAUAAAUUAUCAUCUAGCCAUUUGGCCUUGAGGCAGGACCUUGCAGCUUUGCAGCAAGAAGCCGACAAACUCAGAGAUCACAUCAGAAGCAUCCAAACUGAAGGAGAUAUUCAAAUUCGAAUUUUGCUGGACAAGAUUGCAAAAGCAGAAGCUGAUAUUGGGUCCAUGGAGAAUAUAACGAAACAGCUUCAGGAAGCCCAUAUUGAGGCCCAAAGUUUGGAAACAAGUAGGCAAGAUCUGACUGCUAAACACCAGCAGGCAACUAAGGAAUUGGAAAAUGCUCGGGAGGAUUUGAAAAAGCUUCCAGAAAUACACAUUGAACUGGAUAACAUGGCACAAGAGGUUCUAAGAUUGCGCGCGAGAUUUGAACAUGAGAAAGGCUUAAACACACAAAAAGUAGAACAAUUGAAGAUGUUGGAGAAAGACCUGGUUUCGAAGGCUGAAGAACUCGAAAAGUUGCGCGCUGAGGUGGCUAAUGCCAAGAAAAGAGUUAGCCCUUCACCCCUGCCACCCGGUCCACCUCCACCUCCAUACUCUGGACAUGUUGGCUAUAUGAACAGUUUUGGCAUGCCUGAUCCUCCUUCUGUUGUCGAUGCGGCUUCUGAGGAGGAGAUGAAUCCAUAUGCCGCCCUAGAAUUCACAGCAAGUCCUCCUGCAGCUGAUGCCCCUGCUUCUUGGGAAGGAGCGUCCACUGCUGCUAACGGUGAUGAGUCAGGUGAUGGCGAAAAUUUAUCCAUUUAUGAUCCACUUUACCCGACUGAAUGGCUUGAGACUCAGAUUGAGCCAAGGGAGAAUCGGAUUAAGCCUAGGGAGAACGGAACCUUCCAUGGCCCUCAUUAGUACAGCGCCGGUGCUAGUAAGGUCGGGACUGUUGUCAUCUGUUAUAGGUUUGCCGGCACCUCAGACACACAAACUAUGUUAAGGUAUUAUUUGAAUACAUAUAUAUAUAGAUUAUCUUAAAAUGAGGCAUGAUUGUGAAUGGAUGAUGAGGGGUUCUUGUUUUAAUGAAGAAAUGAGUUGGGGUUUUGGCU